CCGCCCCAGACGGUGUCCCCCAAUUGUGCGAUCGCUUCUUCUUUCCAGUCCGGAAGCCCUAAGAGAAGUCUCAAAAAGGACACGGGUGGCGGCCCUUCUGAUUGCUGAAGCCUCGCCAUGCUCGUCCUCAGGAGCGGCCUGACCAGGGCGCUGGCUGCGCGGAUGCUCGCGCCUCAGGUGUUCUCACCUUUUGCCACAGGCCCCCGACAAUGUGAUGGAACAUUCUAUGAAUUCCGUACCUACUACCUUAAACCCUCAAAGAUGAAUGAAUUCCUGGAAAAUUUUAAGAAAAACAUUCAUCUUCGGACAGCUCACUCUGAAUUGAUUGGAUACUGGAGUGUAGAAUUUGGAGGCAGAAUGAAUAAAGUGUUUCAUAUUUGGAAGUAUGAUAAUUUUGCUCACCGAACUAAAGUUCGGAAGGCUUUGGCCAAUGAUAAAGAAUGGCAACAAUUUCUCACUCCAAAUUUGGCUCUCAUUGAUAAACAAGAAAGUGAGAUUACUUAUCUGGUACCAUGGUGCAAAUUAGAUAAGCCUCCAAAAGAAGGAGUCUAUGAACUGGCCACUUUUCAGAUGAAACCUGGUGGGCCAGCUCUGUGGGGUGAUGCAUUUAAAAGGGCAGUUCAUACCCAUGUCAAUGUAGGCUACACAAAACUAGUUGGAGUGUUCCACACGGAAUAUGGAGCACUCAACAGAGUUCAUGUUCUUUGGUGGAAUGAGAGUGCGGAUCAUCGUGCAGCUGGGAGACAUCAAUCUCAUGAGGAUCCCAGAGUUGUGGCAGCUGUUCGGGAAAGUGUCAACUACCUAGUAUCUCAACAGAAUAUGUUUCUGAUUCCUACAUCAUUUUCACCAUUGAAAUAAUUUUCUACUGAAAUACGAAACAUUUCAUUAACUGGUGUAAGAUGUGUCUUCUAAUGGUGCUUAAAUUCUCCCAAGAGGUUCUCACUUUUAUUUGAAGGAGGUAGUAAGUUAAUUUGGUACGUUUCUUGUAUUCUUGAGAGCUAUAUGUGUCCUUUGUCACCACUACUUCAGAAAACAGUUCUGGUCACUUUCCCUGUGGCAUUUCAGUAUCUGCCAUACAUUAAAAAUACUUGUCACUACUUCAAGAUCUUGACUCUUCAUUUAUUUCAAAAUAUCGCUUCUUCUGUAUUUUGACAACCUUUUGUUUUAUACCAUUUUCUUAUAUUCAAGUGAUGAAGUUAACAUUUCCAUGUUUGUGACAAUAUUUUUAAAUUAUUAAUAUCCAUUAUCAACCUUUUUAUCAUAUCUGUUUUCCUGAGUGUGUUUUUAAUUUUUUUUCAGUAAAAUGUAUUUUGUAAUAUCAAAUGGGACUCAUGAAAGUAGUAAAGAUAUAUUUUUACAAUAGAAAACUACAUUAUCAUUUGCUCAUCUGUAUUAAUUAUGGUUUUCACACUACUUAUUGGUCACUUACUUGGAAAAUAAUGGUAUUAUGUCCUGGCAUUAAAAAUCU